AUGAAGUUCGUCCAGGUCCUCGUCAUCGCCGCCAUCGCCAUCGCCGCUGCCAACGGCCAAUCUGCCGCCAACACCGCUCCAGUUGCCACCCCCGCUACCGGACCGACGACGACGGGCUCUGCUGAGACGGCCACGGGUUCGGCUGCGACCGCCACGGGUUCGGCUGCGACCGCCACGACCGCCCCGGCCACCGGCGCCACCACCGAUGCCACUACGGCUGCUUCGGGUGCCGUUGACCCCGCUGUUGGUGCCGGCAGCGCUACGGCCGACACGACUGUCGGCUCCUCCAACCCGACGACGGACGCCAGUGCCACCACCUCAACUGACAGCUCGUCGACGCCCACGACCGAUUCAUCGUCGUCCGAGACUGCCUCGAGCAGCUCUGGAAGCUCGACUGACGCUUCCGCCAGCGCCUCAGGCUCGAGCGGCGCCUCGCAGAUCACCAUGGGUGCUGCCUGCGCAACCAUCAUGGCUGUUGGUGCUUACUUCUUCCACGGCUGUAGCGAUAAUUGA